AUGAACGUCGCGGUGCCUGGCCAGCGCCUUGUUGCGGCCGCGGAGAAGCCGCUCACGGCCGGUCCGGGCGCCUACGCACGCGACGGCGCGAUCUUCGCGUCCAUAGGCGGCACGUGGAGCGUCUCGCAGGGGGACGUCGUCGCCGUCACGCGCGGCCGCGGGGCGACGGUGGCGUCCGCGCAGGUGCUCCGUCCAGGCGACGUCGUGAUUGGCCGCGUGCGGAAGCUCACGGCUCGGCAGGUGGUAGUGGACAUUUGGUGCGUGCGCGAGACGGUCUUCCGCGAGCCGUUCCCCGGCGUUCUCCGCCUCGAAGACGUGCGGACUCACGACGUGGACAAACUCGCGCUCGACGACGUGUUCGCGCCCGACGCGCUGGUGAAGGCCGUCGUGCUCUCGUUUGGCGACACGCGGUCCUACUUUCUCUCGACGGCGCAGUCGGGACUGGGCGUCGUGCGGCCGUUGCCGGCGGAGGUCACGCGGCAGCUUUGA